AUGUUCCCGCCCGAGGUGUCGGUGCUCGCGGCGGCGGGCGGCGCCGGCGCGGGGCGUCAGGCUGCAGGCGAGGCCGCCGGUGGCGGCGUCCUCCAGAUGCUGCCGCCCUUCUUCAUGGACUCCAUCUGGCCCGCUGGCUCCGAGGACGACGAGGCCGCGGCGGCGGUGGCGGCCGCCGCCGCCGACGACCGCGCGCUCGCCGCGUCGCGCAACCACCGCGAGGCCGAGAAGCGCCGGCGCGAGCGCAUCAAGUCGCACCUCGACCGCCUCCGCAACGUCCUCGCCUGCGACCCCAAGGCAUAUAGCUCCUCCAAUCUGCCAAUUGACAAGGCGUCGCUGCUGGCGAAGGCGGUGGAGAGGGUGCGGGAACUGAAGCAGCGGGCGGCAGGCGUCGGGGAGGCGGCGCCGGCGCACCUGUUCCCGACGGAGCACGACGAGAUCGUGGUGCUCGCGUCCGGCAGCGGCGCCGUCUUCGAGGCCUCCGUCUGCUGCGACGACCGCUCCGACCUCCUCCCGGAUCUCAUCGAGACGCUGCGCGCGCUCCGCCUCCGCACGCUCCGCGCCGAGAUGGCCACACUCGGCGGCCGCGUCCGCAACGUGCUCGUCCUGGCGCGCGACGUCGUCGACGGCGGUGUCGUCGCGGGAGGUGAUGACGGCUACGGCGGUCGCGCUGCUGACUCGGCGGCCGCCACGGACGGCGGCGGUGGCGACUUCCUCAAGGAAGCCCUGAGGGCUCUGGUAGAGAGGCCAGGCAACGCCGGAGACCGGCCCAAGAGGCGACGGGUCUCGGGCAUGAACAUGCAAGCGGCAGCAUAG